AUGGCCACCAUAGAGAGAUCACGAUACGUCACAAUACCAGGAGAGACAGCGCCAAAUAAUAAAAUAGACUGGGAGAAGGGUAUCCAAAGCCUGAAGAUCUCGUACGAAGCUCAUACCACUCUGCUAAGAAACGCUUACCGAAGACAGGACGAGGCCUCCGCAGACUUGAGUGCACAUAAAGCGGGUCUAAUCGUGUUGCAAGAAAAACUCGAUCUGUUGCACGGUGAAGGGGCCGGGACACCAAUCAAGUUGAAGGAACAACAAAACAUCUUCGAAGCCAUCGAACCAAACGCUGAAUUCAAUAAAAAUGAAGCUGGCGACAACAGAUAG